GGUCUCGACCCUUCGAGACCGUCUCGCGGAGACCAAGUUGUGUUGCCAGGUAACGCGUCACCGACAUAGGAGGUGUACGAGUUUACAGGCCUUAAGCAUUAAGUAGGCCUUGAUAACACACGAUGUACCCAGUACACGUACACGACGAUGUGUACACGAUCUACACUGGCCCGAUAAAGUGCAAAUAAUUUUUAUUUACCAAUAGCAGGCUAAGAUAAGAAAUUGGUAUUUCUGGUCGUCUAAUGUUCGUAUUGCUCGGGUCUUUCAAUAGAAGAACUGUGCGUCGUAUCCCUGACGUCUUCUGUAGCGUCUGUAGCGUCUGUCACGUCCAAUUCAAUUUUUACGUUUUUCUUAACCAUUCUUUGCAACCAGUUUGUUACAAAGAAAUUUUUGAACUAGUCUUUUGAAUCUUAAAUAUUCAAUCGUCUCGUUAGUAUCGUCCAUCAACGGCGACCGGUUUCGUUGACCCGAAUUGUCCUUUGAGGAGCCUGGAGAAUCUAUUCCUUGAAGUGGAUUUUUCUCAGCGGCAGAGAUGUAUAUGGUUGCCGAACACCAGCACGGCCGUUUCGAUGCCAGCCCUCUUCACAUUGCUCACGCUCUACGCGCCACCGAGCUCAAGCACAGUAACAGGCGACCUAUUGAGAAGCCUCUUGACUCUUAUCUGGACAAAGACACUCAAGUUGAGUUGGAAAUGAAACACCGUAAGGAAGAAGAUGACCUGUACCGCAAAUUCGCCCGGCAACGCGAAGAAGAGCAGUUUAAAUUCAAGGAAGAAUUCCGGGAAGAGUGGGAGAAGGAGCUGGAGAAGUUGACGUCACGGUUCGAGCGCGAGCUGGCCAACAAACGGAAGAAACCCGACGAGCAAAAAGUGUUGACUCUGAGACUGCAAAGAGAGCGCGAGGAUCUUGAAAAGAAUCUAACCCUCCGCCGUGACAAGAAAAAAGAGUCGCUCACCCGCAAGCUCCUGGAACAUGAACGGGCGGCGACUGCAGCGCUGGUGGAAAAACAGAGCAAAGAGAUGAUGAACCUAAUCAACGAAAAACGCUCCGAGUUUAUGCGUGCCGAGAGCCUUUACAUCGAUGAUGACUAUCAAACAGAAGAAUUGUUUCCUUACCCAAGUAACGCGCCUGCCCCUCAACCACCCGGUGUGGCCAAAACUGAUAUCUAUCACGACCCACUGGUUUUUGCCGAUAUCGAUCAAAUUGCUAUCUCGGUGGCACAAGAAGAUCAGAAAACAUUCACAGACCUUGUACGCAUGUUGAUUGGACGAUGUGGAUCCGAUGUCGAAAAAGCCAGAACCAUUUUCCGGUGGAUCACGGUCAAGAAUUUGAAUACGAUGCAGUUCGACGACACCGUUCGUACUGACACACCCAUGGGUUUGCUGCGAGGCAUCAAGCACGGCACGGAAAGUUACCACGUCCUGUUCAAACGCAUUUGCAGCUAUGCUGGUCUCCAUUGCGUGGUCAUUAAGGGCUAUUCGAAAUCAGCCGGUUAUCAGCCGGGAGUGCGCUUCGAGGACAACCGCUUCCGUAACUCGUGGAACGCCGUCUAUGUCGCCGGUGCCUGGCGCUUCGUUCAAUGCAACUGGGGCGCACGUCAUUUGGUCAAUGCCAAAGAGGUGCCUAAACCUGGUAGCAAAAGCAAAUCCGACAGUCUUCGCUACGAGUACGAUGAUCAUUACUUCCUAACGGAUCCUAAAGAAUUCAUCUACGAAUUCUUCCCUCUUCAAGCCGAAUGGCAACUGCUUAAAACCACCAUCACGCUCAAAGAGUUUGAAGACCUGCCUUUUGUGCGUUCCCUCUUCUUCCGUUACGGAUUGUACUUCCCAGAUGACAACACCAAGGCAGUUAUGGUUACCGAUUCCACAGGAGCUGUUACCAUCCGGAUCAGUAUGCCGUCCAACAUGCAAGCCAGUCUGAUUUUUCAUUAUAACCUUAAAUUCUAUGACAAGGAUACCGACACGUUCGAGAACAUCAGUUUAAAGCGUUUCGUCAUGCAGUCUGUUGUUGGCAACGUGGUUACCUUCCGAGUACACGCCCCGUGCAGUGGAUCGUUCCUGCUGGACAUCUUCGCUAACGCAGUGACGCCACGCGAGUACCUGACUGGAGAACCCAUGAAAUUCAAAAGCGUUUGCAAGUUCAAGAUUGUUUGCGAGGACGUUCAGACAGUUAUGGUACCAUUGCCGGACUGCGCUAGUGGUGAAUGGGGUCCAAUGAAAGCGACCCGUCUCUUUGGUCUCGUGCCCAUCACGCAUCAAGAUGCACUCAUCUUUGCCGGCCGCGAGCUGGAAUGCCAAUUCCGCAUGUCUUGCCCUCUGACUGACUUCAUGGCCACGCUCCACAAAAACGGUUCGGAGGAGAAGAGGUUAGCAAAAUACGCUACGCACUACGUGACUGAUGAUCUGGUCACGUUUAAAAUCAGUUUCCCCGAAGAGGGUCAGUACGGCAUGGAUAUUUACACGCGUGAAGUCAAUUCCAUGGGAAAUAGCAGUGGCAAUAAUGCUGAACAUAACAACGAGAAACACCUGUUGACUCAUUGCUGUAAAUAUCUGAUCAACUCAAGUAGCAACUGGUUCCUCAUCCAAUCACUAAAGCAGGUUCCUCAUCCAAUCACUAAAGCAACACAGUAG